AUGCGUGUCUCUAUUCUUUCUUCGUUGACCGCGCUCGCGAUCAGCACCUUGGUAUUCGCCCAAAUCACGCCUCCCAUAUACGACGAGGUUUCCUUCAGCUCCAAGUACACCGACACGAACGCAUCCGUCGACACCCUUACCUGCGGGGACCAGCUUGCCGCCGAGGGAUACGCCACCGUCGGUGCUAUCCCAGGGAACAUUGCCGGGUUCGCCAACAUCACCAGCACGGACUCUUCACUCUGCGGGAAGUGCUAUGUCCUAGAGUACGCGGGAGCCUUCCUCACCGUUCGCGUCGUGGACACGGCGGGAGACGGAUUCGUGGUCACGAAGGGCGCGUACGAGACUUUGACGGGGAACCAAGCACCGAUUCCUCCCAGCGUCGAUGCGCGAGUUUUGGAGGGCCCUACAAGUUGCUGA